CAGACAGCAAGAAGCCUUCCGUUAGUCAUGGUGAUACCCAUUAAACAAACGGAUUCCCUGGGGAAGGAGGGGUCCCAACAGGAAGAACAGAGGCAACAGCAGCAACAGCAACAGCAGCAACAACAACAACAGCAGCAGCAGCAGUGGCAACAACAGCAACAGCAGCAGCAGCAGCAGUGGCAACAACAACAGCAGCAACAGCAACAGCAGCAACAACAACAGCAGCAGCAGCAGCAACAGAAGCAACAACAGCAGCAGCAGCAACAACAGCAGUUACCACUUCAACAGCAGCGACAGGAGCAACAGAGCCUGUUACUACACCAGCAACAGGAGGAGACCCCCGCAGACUUACAGGAUUUUCUAGAGAUUUUCGGUACUGGUGCCGCCCACGACGCCCAGCAGAGCAGCAGUAACGACAGCAGGUACUGGACGGCGGCACACAGCAAUCGUUCCAGCAGUCAGUUAGGGCACUACGGUGACUUAGCGACCGGUUCAUCCGUGGUCCAGUGGGACUCCUUAAUGGCCCGGCUGGUUCAUCCUGGGGUCCAGUGGGACUCUUUGAAGGUGUUCAGGGACAGCUGUCCAAAAAGUACUACCACAGCUGCAGCAGCAGCAACAGCAGCAGCUCAGCACCUCGUUCGAGCUGCUACCCCCAGCAACAGCAGCAGUAUCAGCCUUUUCCCCAAACUAAUUCUCCCAGCAGACAAUCACCCGGGGGUCACCCACUGUCUAACAACCAUGCUGUCCCGUCAUUGA